AUGGCUACUCAAUCUCCCUCUAAAAAGGACCGACCGGUCCUGGAAGCCGUCUUGCAGCAAUCCAUGCUUCAGCAAGCACAAGCUGCCGCUGCCGUCCAGACCGAUCCCGCAAGACCUACGAGACGGGAGGCCCUCCUGCAAAUGACCGACCUCAUCACUCCCGAUUCGGCCGAGGACGACAUGCCACCUCCUGCUUACGGCCAGAUCCAUGGCGAGGUCCCCAACGAAAAGCACGGCCUGGGCAUCAGUACCCGUGUCACCGACGACGGCCGUAUCAACAUCCGCAUCAAUCAAUUCAACCACCGCUUGUCCCAGAUCUUUACUCCUGCUUUACGUCAAGAGGUCCAGAGUAUCCAAGAUAGUCGCCCGCCUCCAUCCCCCUACAUUCCCCCUUCCUUAGGAGGCGACGGGGGAGUUCCUCCACCCCCGCCCUUGAACAUCGUCAUCCAGGUUGUGGGCUCGCGCGGAGACGUGCAACCCUUCGUUGCCUUGGGAAAAGUCUUAAAAGACACCUACGGCCAUCGCGUACGUCUGGCGACUCAUCCCAACUUCAAGGACUUUGUACAGGAGAAUGGCCUGGAAUUCUUCAGCAUCGGUGGCGACCCCUCCCGGCUAAUGGCCUUCAUGGUCAAGAAUCCCCGCUUGAUGCCGGGUUUUGGCAGUCUCCUAAGUGGAGAUGUCGGUCAGCGAAGAAGGGAUGUUGCCGAGUACAUUCAGGGCUGCUGGCGAUCAUGUUACGAAGCCGGUGACGGAAUGGGCCUUCGUGCUACCGACGAUGGCCUUUCUGAGCCCUCUGAGAACGACUCUGGCUCCGAGCCUACAGCAAGACCCUUCGUCGCCGACUGCAUCAUCGCCAACCCCCCAAGCUUCGCCCAUAUCCAUUGCGCAGAGAAGCUGGGCAUCCCUCUCCAUAUUAUGUUCACCAUGCCAUAUUCUCCCACCCAGGCCUUUCCCCAUCCGCUGGCCAACAUCCAAUCCUCUAAUGCCGACCCUCAACUCACUAAUUACAUAAGUUAUGCUAUGAUCGAAGUCCUCUCGUGGCAGGGUCUAGGUGAUAUCAUCAACCGAUUUCGCGCGAAGUGUCUCGGUUUGGAUCCCGUGAGUCUGAUCUGGGCCCCCGGGAUGCUCCACCGUCUCAAAGUCCCUCACACCUACUGCUGGUCUCCGGCGCUGAUGCCUAAACCAAAAGACUGGGGCCCUCACAUAUCCAUCUCUGGGUUCUACUUUCUCAACUUGGCCUCGAACUACACCCCAGACCCUGAUUUCCAGGCCUUCCUCGACGCCGGUCCACCGCCCGUCUACAUAGGAUUCGGGAGCAUCGUUUUGGACGAUCCUAAUGCGAUGACGGAGCUCAUCUUCGAGGCCGUGAGGAAGACUGGCCAGCGUGUCCUCCUUUCUAAAGGCUGGGGAGGCAUGGGCGCGGACGGGCUUCAUAUUCCCGACGGCGUCUUUAUGCUAGGCAACGUGCCGCACGACUGGCUUUUUCAGCGCGUCUCGUGCGUUGUUCACCAUGGUGGCGCAGGAACCACGGCGGCAGGCAUUAGCGCAGGCCGGCCGACCGUAGUCGUUCCCUUCUUUGGAGACCAGCCUUUCUGGGGCGCCAUGGUCGCGCGAGCAGGCGCCGGCCCCGAUCCAAUCCCUUACAAACAACUCACAGCGGACAAACUAGCCGAUGCCAUCAACUUCUGCCUGAAGCCCGAAAGCCUGGAACGCGCCAAAGAACUCGCAAGCAAGAUCGCGGCCGAGCGAGGUAGCGACAUGGGCGCUCAGUCUUUCCAUCAAUAUCUCGACGCUGACCGACUCCGUUGCACUCUUGCACCAUCUCGACCUGCUGCGUGGCGCAUCAAGCGCACCCAGGUCAGGGUAAGCGCUUUUGCUGCCUGUACUUUGGCGAAUGCAAAUCUUUUGGAUUUCCGUGACUUGAAGCUCUUUAGACCACAAGAAUAUCACACCGACGAAGGUCCUUGGGAUCCAAUAUCCGGAGGUGCUGCGGCAUGUUUUAGGGCGUUCAACGGCAUGGCGAUGGGGUUAGUCGAGGUUCCCUCGGAGAUGGUGAAAGCUUUACACAUUCCGAUUGGAUCCAGCCGGCAGCAGUCCCAAGAAUCAGUGCUGACAAUCGCAAGGGGAAGCGAGACCUCACAUGCGGGAGAAAGAUCAACUCCGCCAACUUCGCCAGAACACAGUCAGACGAGCUUGAAUGCGCCGAGAUCUCAUGCUCGUGUUCGGAGCCCUUCCAACCUCUCCGGUGUGUCAUCUCCCACUUCGAACAUCGGAUCAAGCUCUAUGCCCGAUGCAUUGCAAGGCCAGUUGAGUCCCAAGCAAGACGACGCUAGCCGAAGUCGAGUCCGCAGUCGGAACGAAUCCGCCUUCGGCAAGGACCAUGACAUGCUGCCUCAGACUGGCGUGCACACGAACAAAGGCCUUGGGCGUUUCGUCAAGGCGUUUGUGCAGACACCCAUAGAGAUCUCAGUGAGUUUAACCAAAGGGUUUCACAAUCUCCCCAAGCUUUGGGGAGACGAUACCGUGCGCCCUCAAGAACAAGUUAGCGAUUUUAAGUCAGGCGCCGUGGCAGCAGGAAAAGAGUUUGGCUUUGGCUGGUACGAUGGCGUUACUGGCCUGGUCACUCAGCCCUGGAAAGGCGCCCAGAAAGAGGGUGCUAGCGGCUUUGUCAAAGGAAUCGGCAAAGGGGUUGCAGGAUUUGCAACCAAACCAUUCGCAGGCUUCUCUGGUAUCCUCGGUCACACGAUGAAGGGGGUACAAAAAGAGGUGCAGAAGUUAUUCGGCAGCAAUGUGCAGAACUACAUCGUCGCCUCCAGGGUCGCUCAAGGAUACGAGGAGUGGCUGCAGAGCUCCGAUGCAGAAAAGCAAGACGUCAUCGUUCGGUGGAAGCUGAUCCAGAAAUACCUAAAGAAAAACCGCAACCCUGACGAGAUGGUGCGAGAUAUCCUGGAAGCACAGCGUAAGAAGAACCUAGAGGACACAGUGGCCCGCCAAAACUGCGGACAUACCGCGGAUUCCGCUCAGUCCGCCAGUGCAGAUGCUCCGACACAAGAUCCCGAGAGUGCCAUACUCGCCAUGGGUGGUUCACCGUCCCCGGACGAAUCGCGAACAGCGGCUGAAAUCAACGAAACCAUCCGACUAUCAGUCCAGGAGACGUCACGUAGAGACGUAGAAGAGGAUGCCAGUAUGGAGCGAACGAUUCAGGAAGGCGUGUCUCGGCUUCAGUGCCAACAACGAGAAGCUACAGAUCAUCAGGCAGAGCAGGAGAACCUGCACCAGGCGAUAGCGGCCAGCAGAAACGAAGCUCAGCGACACGCAAGCGAAGCAUUAGAAUUUAAGAAACAGCUGGAGCGAGUCAUGGGGCAGAGUGUGUUGGAACAGAGACAGAGCGGUAGCGAUAGGGAAUGGGAGUCGAAUAUGGGUCUCGAUAACGAGGAAGAUGAUGAGGAGUUCGAGCGGGCAAUAAGAGAAUCCGAACAGAUGGCGAAGAAGGCGGCAGCCGUGACUGGUGGGUCACCAAGCGUCCAGCGACCCUGUUCGUAUGAUCCAGGGCAUCUCGCGGGCACCAGGCAAAGUGAGUUCGAGGCGCAACAACAGGGACAGCGGAGGGAGAAAACGACACAAGAGAGGACAGAAGAAGAGAUUGUGAUGGAAUACAUCAAGAAGCAAAGCCUCUUGGAAGUAUACCAUCAGAGCAAAGGUAAGGGCCGUGGCACAGCGAUAGAGGAUCACGACGACGAAGACUUGCAGAAGGCAAUGAAGUUAAGUAUGCAAGGACACGAACAUGAUGCGCAGUAUCGGAACGGGGAGGCAUCAGGGACGUGA